AUGGCCGGCAGUCAGGACAGUCCUAGCGCAAAGAGAGUGAGUUUCCCUGGACAUGAAGUCUUCUAUCCACAUCUAACACCCACANNGUCAUAUGGCAAGGAAACACUACGCCCCGUUACCAUCAAGCAACUGCUCGAAGCCGAUCAACCUGACAGUGAGAACUUCGCCAUCGACGGAUCUGAACUGACCACAAUCUCGUUUGUCGGCCAGAUCCGCAACAUCAGCAAGCAAACCACAAACAUCACCUACAAGCUGGACGAUGGCACUGGCACCAUCGAGGUCAAAGUCUGGAUUGAUAUGGAGACUGCUCAGAACGACGAAGACAACGGAACCAAGGGCGGUCUGGUUGAGAACGCAUACGCUCGCGUCUGGGGCAAGCUGAAGACGUUCGGCAAGCGUCACGUUGUCGCCCAACAAAUUCGUCCCCUGACCGAUCUGAACGAGGUCAACUACCAUAUGCUAGAAGCUACCUACGUCCACCUCUUCUUCACACGCGGCCCUCUUGGAGCACAACAACAAGGCCAACAGGGACAAGCCGCCACGAACGGUGGUCAUUCCGCUGCAGGCGGCACUCUUCCUGCUGGUGUCUCGACUCACGCCAGAAAGGUCUUCCAGUGCAUGCAAACCACUCCUCAGAUCAACGAGGGUCUUCACAUGCAGGAUAUUGCCAGCAGAACUGGCAUGGAUGUUGCCGAUGUGCUCAAGGGAGCAGACGAGCUUCAGUCCAUGGGCAAGAUCUAUCCGACCGUUGACGACCAAACUUGGUGUUUGCUUGAGAUGUAG